GGCAGAGCGGGAGAUAAGCAAAGGCGAAGGCUCAGAGACAGCCUGGUCCCCUGGGCUCCCUAAACCACCCAGACGAUCUGUGUGGGUUGGUGCUGCGGGGUGAGGCUGUUAGCUAUCAAGAACAAUGAACUUCCAGGUACCACUGCCCAAGUGAAAACCAGGAGUCUGUGGCUUUUCUGAUUCCUCGCUCUUGUCAAGCCUGCAUCAGGAUGUCUGGAGCCUCCAAGGAGGGUUUGGAGACCCAGGGGCUGCCGGUGUCAGGCAAGGCCUGCUUAACCACCAUGGACAAAAAGCUUAAUGUGCUAAACGAGAAGGUUGACAAACUCUUGCAUUUCCAAGAAGAUGUCUCGGAGAAAUUGCAGUGUGUGUACCAAGGUAUGGGCCACCUGGAGCAAGGUCUACACCGGCUGGAAGCCUAUCAGAUUCUGGGCCCAGGUGGGGCUGACCACACUUCUCCAGCUCACUCACAGGCUGGGUGGCCGGAGGUCCUGGAGCUGGUGAGGGCUGUGCGGCAGGAUGCUGCCCAGCAUGGCGCCAAGCUUGAAGCCCUGUUCAGGAUGGUAGUGGCCGUGGACAAGGCCAUAGCUUUGGUGGGGACUGUGUUCCAGAACUCGAAGGUGGUGGAUUUCAUCAUGCAAGGGAGUGUCCCCUGGAGGAAAGGAAGCCUGGCUGAUGGCCCUUUGGAGAACAAAGAUAGAGUGGAAGAGAAAGGAGCAAAACCAAAGCAUGCACUGAGCACCAGAGCUGUGCAAGCCAAGAUCAGGGGGCCUUGGGAAGAGAGCCAGCAGACGAGCCUCCCAGAGGGGACGGUGGAGAGGCUGAGCCCCGUCAAUGCUUCAGAGAUAGGAUCUGGCCUCCCCACUCAGGCAGAGGCCCCGCCAGGGCAGGAAGAAGGAGUUCCUGGCCCAGCCCAAGUGCCCCCUGGCCUCCUGCCGCUGCCCACAGAGGCAGAAGCCAAAACUCCCGGAGCAUUCGUUGAGAAGCCUGGGACUGGCCAGGAAUUGUCUGCAGCAUCCACCGGGGUCCGUGAGGCCCCCACCAGCCAGGAGGCUUUACUCGGUACAGAACAAGGAUCAUCAUUCAGCAGGCCUGACCCGCAGCCCUCAGGGGCAGGCAUGAGGCUGACUCCAGGGCUGCCAGUCCAAGCCAAGGCAGCUCACAGUGGUGGAGAAACACCUCCAAGGAUCUCCAUCCAUGUGCAGGAGACGGACACUCCCGGGGAGCUGCUUGUGACACGAGGGGGCGGCCUCAGACCCACACCCCCUGUGGAGGCUCUGGCAGCUGCCCAUCCAGGUGAGCAGGACCCACCUGGGCCCGUGCCCCAGGCCCCUGCAACCAAGUCAGAAAAACAGAUCCCGAAAGAAGCCGGCAAGGUUUCCCCACUGCGGAAACGGAGCAGCCAUGAGGGAGCAAAGGCAGAGGAGAAGCAGGGGCCUGGGGCCGAGUCGGCCACAGGACCAAGCGGGGCCAGGAGGGACAAAGGAGCCGAUGCCGGAGGCCCGGGCUGGCGGCAGGACAAAGGCGAGGGUGCAGGAAACGCUGAGCCUGGGGAGAACCGCACAGCUGGGGGCGCGGGCAGAGAUGGAGCAGGAAGGAGGACGCCCCCUGGAGAGGAGCCUGGCAGCGUGGUUCUGGAUGACAGCCCAGCCCCACCAGCCCCCUUCGAACACCGGGUGGUGAGUGUCAAGGAGACCUCGACCUCAGCAGGUUACACAGUGUGCCAGCAUGACGUCUUGGGAGGAGGCCGGUUUGGCCAGGUCCACAGGUGCACGGAGAAGUCCACAGGCCUCUCGCUGGCAGCCAAGAUCAUCAAAGUGAAGAGUGCCAAGGACCGGGAGGAUGUGAAGAACGAGGUCAACAUCAUGAACCAGCUCAGCCAUGUGAACCUGAUCCAGCUCUAUGACGCCUUUGAGAGCAAGAACAGCUUUACCCUCGUCAUGGAGUAUGUGGAUGGGGGUGAACUCUUUGACCGGAUCACAGAGGAGAAGUACCAGCUGACCGAACUGGCUGUGAUCUUGUUCACCAAGCAGAUCUGCCAGGCUGUGCAUUACCUCCAUCAACACUACAUCUUGCACCUGGACCUCAAGGAUUGUCAUAGGAGUGUCAUGCACUGGGUGCAGUGCCAGGCUGGUAAUAAGCACUUGAUACGUGGUGGCUGUUUCUGUGGUUUCCCACUCUGCUGGGCCAAAAGGAGGGUGUUUCUCUACAACUCCUUUUAG